AAGUGGUUAUGUUUAACGUGUGUGUGUCUGUGUGUCUGUGUGUGGCUUUUGUGUGAGAGAAAUAUAUUUAUUAUCUCAUGCAAUGCAUUUGUAAAAAGAAUAAACACACAUCUAGUAAUUUCUCUCUCGUUCUCACACACAUAAACAGACAUAACAAUAAUUAAACUCCUAUUUAAAAUCCCUGGGAUAAACUGCAGGCUUCGCACAAGCUGAUCAUGGGACUGCUGCUGUAACCUUUGACUCACAGGAUAUCCUGCUUUCCAAAAGUUGUACAUGCAGGCAGAUUUUAUGAGUGUGUGUAUAUGAGUGUGUGAGGUGGAAAGAGUAAUCAACAAUUUAUAGGAGAAGAAGGAAUUGUUCGGCUGCCACGUUAAGGACACGUCCUGAGCGUCACGUUCUCUGUGUUUGUGUGAGUUUUGUUUUCUGAGAGAAAUUUUGUCUGAAGCUCUUCUAGAGAAAUCAAAUGGAGGGCUCAAAUGAUCAGUUGGCGCUGAGUGUGAACGCUAACAGCAUUAAGAUUAGCGACGUUACUCAGGAUGGAGACACGCUAACCUUCGCCAUCACAUCUCAGAAGCUGAACAGUGAUAAUGGGAUCUGCGUCUUUAGGACCUAUGAAGAUUUUGACCGGCUGCAGCAGAGUCUUUUCUCUCAGGAGGACAUUGCAGGACUCCAUGGAGUGAUAUUUCCUCCUCUUCCAGCCAAACCGCUGCCUUCCAGUUCACACACCCAAGCUAAAGCUCUCAAACUCCUGGGAUUCCUGGCUCUGGGCAAUAACUGGCAGCUUUACUGUAAGGCUUUAGAGUUUUACCUGCAGCAGGUGGCAGCACACAGCAUCCUGGGAAAAAGCACAUUGCUGCCCAGCUUCCUCAGCAGCACAGAGUCACCCGGUAAUCAGCGCAGCAAAAAGAGCAUCUUAGAGCGCUUUAGUCAUGCUGUGGAGGAAAUGAGGAAGGAAAGUCACAGGAGUCCUCAGGACGUGGACCAAUUCUUUCACAACGAGAGAGAAAGCAGCACAAACAUGACAGCUCUGUUUAAAGCUACCACAGAGAAAUUCCUCGACAUCGUGCUGGCCAAUCAGAGGCUUUCUUUGGCAUGUGGUCAUUUCUCCACAUCAUUACGUCUCUGUCUUACUCAAGACGAUCUGUCUGUUGUGGCCUCUAAGAUUUAUCUGAAACUGUCAGACAUAAUGGAUGCAGUGAAAAGCAAUCUUGACAAAGUGUCUGAGAACGACGUGUGCACCUUGGGGUUGGGUUUGGAUUUUGAGUCUCGCUACCAGGAGGCAAAGAGAGAGAUGUUGUUCAGAAGGACCUGUAAACUAGUGGAACUGGAAGCCAUUAUUAAGAACGCAGAAAAGGCCAAACCCAAUAAGAAAAUAGUUAUGGAGAAAAUUCAGACCAUCACACAGAAAGAGUUUAAUCUCAUCUCAUCAGUGGCCAAGGAAGAGAUCGAGUGGUACCAUAAAGCACGUGUGAUCGUGUUACGAGACUUUCUGACCCGUUGGUGUGAGAAGCAGCUGCACACAGCCAGGGAAUCUGCCGCUCUCUUCUCUCAGCACCUGGAGGCUUGUCGACAAUUUCCUGUCUAAUACAACAUCCCUUUAAACCAAUUACUGCUCACUGUUAAACCUAUACCCAUCUGAUUUUCUCCCAGAAUUGUCCUGGAUUGUUAUUUCUCUGGAAUGUAAAUGAUCGACACUUUAAAAGAAACGAGUGAUUUCAUGUGUGUUACACUUUACGAUACAGAAAAUAAAAAAAAGAACACAAAUGAUAGAUAUCAUUAGGUUGGAAUCUCUAAAAUAUUUCACCGCUUAACAACCCAGCUGAUGAAUUCUUAAAUCUGAUUGGUCAGAAGGUGUUGAUUGAUUUUCUAAAAGUGAAGCUCUGAUUGAUUACGGUUAAGGGAACGUUAACACGAUGUUGUUUCUGUAUAAUGUGGGAACUCGUACAGAUUAAAAACAUGUGUAUUCGU